GGACCUGCGACGACGUCUUUCAUUGCGCGCGACGACAAGAGAGAAGUCUUGUUGGUCGCACGACGAAACGUAUCGGUCUCUAGCAUCUGCCUGUGCUUGAUGGAGGACAUUCGCCAUGGCCGCUGAACCCCAGUUUGAACAAUCCGCCGUCACUCACCCCAGUCCCACGACCAGUAAUGCUGGAUCUGCUGGAACUUCGGGAACGAAUUCGCAGGCACAGCAGUCUGCGCCUAAUUCAGGUCAUGCAAGCUUCAGAAGGCAGCGCGCGUCGCGAGCUUGUGAGACUUGUCAUGCUAGAAAGGUACGAUGCGAUGCCGCCAGUCUCGGUGUGCCUUGCACAAAUUGCGUAGCCUUUUCGAUUGACUGUCGGAUCCCGACACCAAAACGAAAGAAGAACCAGAACAAAAAGGAAAAUCACAGUGCCGGUGAGGAACCGGUCGAAACUAGACAACAACAAGAUGCUCCGGAACCCGCCAGACCAAAGGAGGUUCUUGGCUACAGAGCCAAUACCAUGUCCGUAGACGGCAUGCCACCGACACGGUUUACGGAGUCGGAAGCGGCUCAACAGGCAGCUCAUGGCUCGACAUAUACCCAAUUUAUGAAACCCAAGUUUGCCAGAGCGCCUAUCAAAGAAGCUGGGAGAGUCGCGUAUCUAGGGGAAUCGUCGAACCUAUCACUUCUUGUCCACGACAAGAACGGGACUACGGAUGUUGUCCACUAUCCUCUGCCGGAGAACAUUCGAGGCACGCGGGCUCGACUGACCGAUCUAGACAACAUGGAGAUUGAAAUUCUCCACCAGCGCGGGGCAUUCCUGCUUCCUCCCAAGCAGCUAUGCGACGAGCUGGUUGACGCAUAUUUCAAGUGGGUGGCGCCAGCUGUACCCAUCAUCAACCGGAGUCGGUUUAUGCGACGCUACCGGGACCCGAAAAACCCUCCGUCUCUCUUGCUGUUGCAGUCUAUCCUCCUAGCUGGAUCAAGGGUCUGUACGAAUCCACAAUUAAUGGACCAAAAUGGCUCGACAAUCCCUGCGGCCAUGACGUUCUAUAAGCGUGCAAAGGCUUUGUACGAUGCCAAUUACGAAGAUGAUCGGGUCACGAUAGUGCAGGCGCUUGUGCUGAUGAGUUGGUAUUGGGAAGGCCCUGAAGAUGUUACAAAGAAUGUGUUCUAUUGGAGUCGCGUUGCCAUUACUGUCGCGCAAGGCUCGGGAAUGCACAGAAGUGUGGAGAAUUCACAGCUGAGCAAACCCGACAAGAAGCUAUGGAAACGUAUCUGGUGGACACUGUUCACGCGGGACCGGUCUGUGGCUGUUGCCCUUGGACGACCGGUGGCAAUCAACACGGACGACUCGGAUGUGGAAAUGUUAACGGAAGAAGAUUUCAUCGAGGAUGAAGUUGACAGUCCAGCCGAGUAUCCUCCGGACCCGGUCCAUGUCCAGUUCUUCCUGCAAUACGUCAAGCUUUGUGAGAUCAUGGGCCUAGUCCUUUCACAGCAAUACUCUGUAGCAUCUAAGACUAGGAGGAACAAUGCUAUCGACUUGACACACUCAGAUAUGGCAUUGGCAGAUUGGUUGCAGAACUGUCCACCCGAAGUGACCUGGGGCAGGUCUCGACAUCACUUCUGGGCUGCUCUCCUGCACUCGAACUAUUACACCACACUGUGUCUGCUGCAUAGAGCUCAUAUGCCACCCGCUACGUCUUCCCCGAGUGGAUAUCGCGUGGACGAAAUGGCGUAUCCAUCCAGAACCAUUGCGUUCCAAGCCGCUGCCAUGAUCACGUCCAUAGUUGAGAACUUGCAAUCGCACAAUGAGAUCCGAUACACUCCCGCAUUUAUUGUGUACAGUCUUUUCUCGGCCUUGAUAAUGCACGUCUAUCAGAUGCGGUCCUCCGUACCCUCUGUCGUCGCAACCAGCCAGGAAAGAAUCAACAUAUGCAUGCAGGCACUCAAGGAUGUGUCUAAAGCAUGGCUGGUGGCCAAGAUGGUGUAUACUCUCUUUGAUUCGAUCCUCGGCAACAAGGCCCUCGAAGAACGCCUGCAGAAAGCUGCAGGGAAACGACACCAGAGGGUACGGCAGGAGAAUAAUAAUAAUCGCAAUCCUGCGAAGAGACCCGAUCACCCUCCCAAGCGCAAAUUCGAUGACAUGGAUCUCGGUCUGCCAAAUGGCGGGCCGACACCUCCUGUCUCCUAUGAACGGUCUCGUCCGCAAACACCGGCUGCAACUCCCUCGAGAGAACUACCGCCGCAUCAAGGCCAGCCGUCAUUGGCUUCCUUACAGACGACACCCAAUGCGCAGCGGGCACCUCAGGAGCCCUUCCUGGGAACUGCAGCUUCACGUGCGAACACUAGGCCGACGACACCAUUCAAUGUCCCAUUCUCUAUGCCCGCUACUCCCCCAGAUCUCUUCCUUGUCACCCGUAAUUCACCCAAUAUUUCUCAAUCAUUGUGGGAGAACUUCCAACCUGACCAGCUAUUCCCUGAUGGCGCCAACAUUUUCCCUGACUUGAUGUCUCCUCAAGACAACUCGGUUGAUCCGCAGUUGCAGAUGCCAUCCCAGCUGCAGAAUCCUGACAUGCAGCCAGGCCUGGGUAUCAACCAGCAAUCAUUAGCUGGUCGGACGCCGGCCGGAACCCAGGGCAGCCCGUCGCUGGUCUCUGGCAUAACAGGCGGUAUGGGCAUGCAGGAUCAGCAACAGCAGCAGUCAGUGUUUGGAUUGCAGAAUCAGCAACAAUGGCCGGUCCAGGGCCUGGACCCCUCUUUGGGCGGUGCUGGGUUAGAUCAUUCGAGCCAGGAUGACAGCUGGAGCAGCAGCUCGCGAGGACAGGGGCCGUCAGUGCCGACGGCCCUCAAUGUAGAGGACUGGUUCCAAUUCUUUGGCAUCAAUGGAGGCCUAGGGGAUUUGGCGAUGGAGUCCGUGUGAAGCUCCGCUU